GUUCCUCCACCUACCUGCUCCACCGCACUUGCCCCACAAACUCCCGCUCAGUUUCACCACAGUGCCGGCGGGAGCCAGAACAGGCGAGUGGAUCUUGGAGAGCAGAGGAGGAGAAGACGGUUCCUGGUGACCGAGCAUGGUGUGACGCGUGAGCUCCGCUCCAAAGUGGAUGACUGAAGCGGACCAGGACCGCCUGUGUAGACCGGACUGACUGAUCCAGACUGGACUAUCUGGCAACCAUGAACGUGUCGCCCCCUGACCGGAGGAAAAACAUGCGGGAACUGGCGCUGGAGAUCGGGAUCCGAGUUCUGCUGUUCGGAGUUUUUGUAUUCACUGAGUUCCUGGAGCCGUUUGAAAGAGUGAUCCAGCCUGAGGAGCUGUGGCUCUACAAGAAUCCUUUGGUGGAGUCGGACCACAUCCCCAAGAGGGUCAUGUUUGCCAUUUCAUUCCUCACCCCGCUGGCAGUGAUUUUUGUGGUGAAGAUCAUUCAGAGAACGGACAAGACGGAGAUCAAAGAAGCCUGUUUAGCAGUGUCCCUGGCUCUCGCCCUCAACGGAGUCUUCACCAACACCAUCAAGCUGAUUGUGGGCAGACCCAGGCCCGACUAUUUCCAGAGGUGUUUCCCUGAUGGUCAAGUGAAUGCGAAGAUGCUGUGCACUGGGGAACCUCAUCUGGUCUCAGAGGGACGCAAGAGUUUUCCCAGCAGCCACUCCUCAUUUGCUUUCUCCGGGCUGGGCUUCACCUCCUUCUACCUGGCCGGGAAGCUGCAGUGUUUCACGGAUCAGGGCAGAGGGCGAAGCUGGCGGCUCUGUGCCAUGGUGCUGCCGCUCUACAGCGCCAUGAUGAUCGCCAUGUCCCGCACCUGCGACUACAAACACCACUGGCAAGACGCCGUUGUUGGGGGAGUUAUCGGGUUGCUGUUUGCGUACAUCUGCUACCGCCAGCAUUACCCGCCCUUCCUGCACUCGGACUGCCACCUGCCUUACGCCAGCCUGGCUGCCCCCGCUGCUUACACGCCGCCACAUCCCCAGGACGACCCGCAACCCACCGACAACGCCACGACCACCCUUCCCUUGGAAGGUUUGACUGAAGGGCCAGUAUGACUAGUGGCCCCCGCGGAGACUCCCCCCAGCUCCCUCACCAAGCCGCUGAUCCCACCUCCAGUUGUCCAAUGACUGAUGACUCAUACAUUCCAGAGGACAGCAAACACACCUCCACCACCUCUUGUUUCCUUUCCAUCUUUCCGUUAAAUCUGACUCCGGCUCAGCUGAAAAAAAAAAGGCUCUAUAAAUAGCAGCGUGUGAGGGGAGCGUAGGAAUGUGGGACGACACCACUGAGAGGGGAGAAUGUUUUGGGAUAUCAGUUUUUUUUUUCAUGAUGUAACAGAGGAAGUGCGGAACUGUUGAUGGGUGCAGGUCUGACAGAAAGUUAGACACAACAAACCCACAGGACCUCAGUUAAAUGUCACAGCAAUCUUGCAAAGCCUUGAGAGCGCUGAACAUCUUGAUGAUUUCAGCGUCAACCGAAAUAUGAUUCCGAUUUUAUUUUAUGUUUCCUUCCUCUAACUUCGCCAAUACUUCAUACAAAACUUUUGUGUCCGGAACCAAGUAUGGACACUCAAAUUAUUUUCUGUGAGAUUACUCAGCUAGAAUAACUUUUCUGAAUUGCACUUAAAACACCUAAAUGUUACCUUCAGCAUCUACAUAAAAAAAGACGAGAGAUGAUGAUAGCUUUUUGGGGGGAUGGAUCUUCUGCCCCUCCUGUGUUUUCUUCAGUGUGUAUUACCAUUGAAACAUAUUACUUUCCCUCGUAAGGUCCAAAUAGCCCUCUGUCCAACAAUCUAAAGUACCCCAUGUCAAAAAAACAGGUCAAUCUUGCUGCGCUUGUCUCGAUCCGCUCUGAUAUUGAAGUUGGUAUUUGAGUGAUGAUUGCAGAUGGAUCUGUUCAAGCUACGCUCAGUUUUCCAAGUCAUCUCAUCUUUUUUGCUGACUUUUUGACCAGACCUCAUCCUGUUUCUACCCUUCCAAAACCCCAUAUCGUGUCAAAGUGUUUGCAAAAGAAACGCUGGGCAUGUAUUUUUUCUAGUUUUAUUGGAGAGAUUCUACAUUUUUCUGAUUACAUCUAUACAUCUAUAGUGUAGAGUCAAGUGUCACACAGAUUGUCGGUAGCAUACUGGCAGAAACGUCCAGGUGUAAACAGACUAAAGAAAACACAUAAGCGGAUAUCGACUAGCAGAAUUGGGGAAUGCGAACGGUUUUAAACACAUGUGGAGUUGAGGAGACACACAUUGAGCUGUUUGGCCUGGGACUGCAAGAAUUGAGAUCCACAAAAGACACUAUCAAGCUCACCGUGAACACUUUGGUCCGUGGCUGUAACUCCUCAUUGAUUUGUGGUACUCACCUUUCUUGUAAAUGUCAAGCGAACUGGGCCACACAGCGAUAAUUGGGCUGUCUUUGACCCGAUGUCAGCCAAGGAUAGUCGCCUUCUCUUAUACAGAUAUAUUAGAGCAGGGGUCUGAAACCGGUCCUCAAAUGGCCGCAGGUUUUUUGUUCCAGCCAGUCCCCUUUUCACCUGUUAUUGACCGUUGGUUAAUUGUCAGUCGGGUGUUGCUUGUUUCAGCUGAUGGGUUAAACUGUGUGUGCUUGUUUGGUUGGAACAACAUGGACAAUUUUUACGACCAAGAUUCCUGAUGUGUGUGUUGAGAGAUCACUCGCAACCUGAGCUGUGACUUGGAACAGUGUCAUGGUUGGCUCAGGUGAACAGACCCAAUCGCUAGGUUGUAACUGUCUCACAGAUGACUCGACAAGAACGAGGCUAGUUUUACGAAGUUUUAUAUACAACAAACAAAAUAACAGGGCACAGACAAGAACCAAAGAACUAAAGACGUCGCUAUCCAAAACACGGAGUGAAGGAAACACUCAAGGAAGGGGAAAAUCCUGAAAACAGAAGAGAGGUGAAUUAAUAUCAAGCCAACUAACGGGGACUACCAAAACUGCACUCGAAUACACACACGAGGCCCAAACAACAAAAAACACUCUGUGGUGGAACAGUCAAACAAGCAUGCGUGGGAGAAAAAGCCAACAAUAGAAAAUAAGACACGAAGAAAAUAAGGCAGGAAACAAACUAGAAGAGCAAACAAGAAAGCGGCAGAAACAACACGCACAAUAGAUAAUUUGAAAUGACAGAUUUCAAGGAGGACUUUACCGCAGGACAUGGAAUAACCAUCUGGCAGCGCAGGCUGGAACCCAGGUGUAGAAAUCAGCGCGGCUUGAUCAUCAGACGAGCUCCAGAUGCGCUGCCAUUAAGCUGGGGGGAACAAAGGAAAAGGAAAAAAAAACACACACAAAAUAACAAAAUAAAAGCACAAGAAAAACAGGGAACAUAACAAACAGAAUGGAACCAAUUAAGAAGUGAUCUGACUGAGCAACAAUGACACAAACAGGGGAGUUACUGUAUGACGUUUAUUGACUCUGUGUCAGUUAAGACUAGCUUUUAAUCAUUAGAAGCAAAUAUCACUUCAAUAUGAAUCGGAAUCUGUUCUUCCGGUCUAUACCUUCACAUGACUCCGUGGCGAACUUUAGUUACUGCCAUUUAGUUAUUAUUAUUCUUCUCAAUAGGUGGUGAGGUACAAUCUUCCUACCACAGACGUUAUGGUGAAUGGCAGUCUUUUUUAUCUUCACCUGUGGGUUCUCUGACGCACAGAUGUGGUGCCCUUUAUAGUGUCCUUCAGUCAAGAUUUGAACUUCACCUGUGAUGACGGCCAGGACGAUUACACCUGCAUGUUUUCAUGACUCAAACUAGGUAGAGCUUCUUUUAUGGAAGCAAGGUUACAUGCAGGAAAGCAAUAUGUUUGUCCCAUUACCCUACGAUGUAUGCGACAAAAAUAUUUUUAUUGUGAUUCUCUCUAUACUGAAACAUUCAAAUUCGCUUUAAUAAUAUAUGUUAAAUAAAUAAUGGCGAAAAUCCUCCACCAGGAUCCUCCUGAGGAAGCUCCAACAAACUUCAUCAUGGCAGCUUUACUGAACUCCACUGAGGGAUCUGUUUAUUUUGUCUCGCCUUUUGUUCCUGAAGUUAAAUGUACCUUGAUUGAAAUUCCUUUGGGAUUCUGGUUGGUAAUAGAGCGCGAUGGCUGUGACUAAGGAGGAGACCCAAGAGCAAGAAGUAAAAGGUGGCAGCAUGGAAAGAAGCAAGAAUAGCAUUCAAAACAAACUCAUUGGAACAAUGAUAAAGGCCCAGAAUAAGGAGAACUGAACUGCAAGGGUGUUGGUAUAGUUAUCAGAAUGAGUCCAGAAUAGUUGUCUGUGGAAGGUAACAGGAAAACAAGAGGCGUGAAAAUGACAGGAAGCACAAAUUAGAAUUGAACCAGUGGGCAGGAAGUAGCAAAAACACAGCGGAGGAAGACCUCCAGGAGUUCGGAGUAAUGCCUCCUACUGUCAAGAGACAAAACAGACAUGACAAAAGGACCUUCAUGAUGUUCUCCAUCAUUCUGUGUACGUUCUGUGUGUCAAAUUCUUCUUAUAAAUAGGUAAAGUUGAAAUCACAAUUAGCAUUUAAGGUUAGCCGUUCAACGUUCUAGCAAGUAAAGAUUAUAAAUGUCAAGAAUUAGUCUGGAAAAUUCCGAAAAACUGACUUGAUGAAAGUGUAAUUCAAAGACAAGCAGAGAGCCAAAUGUUUCCUGUGCUGUGAAACAGAUACGUUCUGAAGGAGGGAGGCUGAUUUAAAUUCUGUUUAAACUGCGAUUUCCCAUCCAAGAAUGUCAUUUACUUUUUGUUGCGGUGACGGUGUUUGAAAUUUUGAUCGAAUGUGACACCCAUGGUGGACAUCUCUCCCGGAGACUCCGAUGUUCUCCAGCACUGGCAGUGCUAAAACAUUUCCCGAUCUGUUAGCCAUUCAGCGUCUCUCUCCAGAAGACACACGAGGUCCUGAAUCCAAUUAUACCUCAAUAAAUUCAAUCAAUAACCGACAGGUGGUGGGAGUCUGUCUGGGCAGACACGGUCUCCUUACUGAUUCUGCAUUAGCGCUGACCAGCCGCCGCUGCUUAUCAGGACAUUACGACAGCAGGCAGCACCUCAAGGACGGCUCCAACAUUACAAACAGCUCUCUGUCUGCAGAGGGAAGACACUGAUACACAAUCUCUGUCUCAUUCGGAGAGGACAGGCCACGCGUCUGAUGCAUUAUUCAAGCAUCGGUCUUCAGUUAUACAAUCAUUUUGCUCGUCCUAUUAUGUGAAAAGUGUCUUGAAUUCAGUGUCCCCCCAUCAUCGUAUGUCACCAUCUAUUUACAAGCAAAGAUGGAGCCUGUCACCCACACAACAAUCGGCGCCCUUUUAUGACUCAGAAUUGAUGGAUCUCGGCGAGUGCGUUUUUGCUGUGACAUUUAUGAUAUGCUGUGACCUGAGCUCAGCUCUUACACCACCGUGGAAAGAUUGAUCGUUUGCUUGUGGAGAAAGGUUGGAACAUUAUGACCGGGACGCCGCUGACGGUUAUUCUGUCGUUUCCUCCUCAUAGCAGAUUGUUACAGUUUCCAUAUAUCUCUCACUGCCGUCAUCUUUUCAGCGGGAAGAAUCAGCAGAGAGGCUUUUGCACAGGUGAGGAGGAGUCAUCACUCAGCACCAGAGGUGCUUCGACCGUCCACGUCAGCAGCGCGUUGGCUUCUGACAGGAUGCAAUACGAGCGACAUCAAAAACAGUGCUUGACUCUGCGCAUCUGACUGUUUACACAGAGAAGCAUCAGUGAUCUGACUCCUAAAUUUUGGGGCUAAGCAAUUGUGACAAGAGUUUGUUGGCACCUGGAUGUUUGUGUAUUGUUUUAAUGUUGUAUAUUUAGUGAGGAAGGACGCUCAUUUGAUAGUUGUUAUGUUAAGGAGCCUAUAACAAACAUAUUUUUAAAGUUGUUUUAAUGAUAAUAACUAUAAAAAAACAUCUGUGAAUCACAACAAAAAGGGCCUUGAUUGUCAAGUCUGAACAAAUAUUCUUAUGGGUUCUGCAACUUUGAUUGCACAAAACUUUGCUGAACUAGGUACAACUUUUGUAUCAUGUUGUUUGUGAUCCAUGUUUCUUAUUUAUUAGCAACCAUAGAGUCAUGACGUUGCUCUACAUCUUUACAACAAACAUUGAAUUCAUUUGCAUCAGUAAUGUUUGGUGCAGGGUGCAGGCCAAGCAAACUUUAUUUUUAUGAGCUGCUCUGCCACUGAACAGGAAAUAUGAGUCUCAACGGGACGCGAACUUUGUCAUUCAUCAACUCAGUUGUUGCACUGAUUAUCGACAAUAUCUAUUAUUAUUCUAUUAUUCAUUUGUUAUGCCAGAAAACAGCAAAGCUUGAGCACCGCAGUCUUCGUGGGGUCAAGACAUCACUGUGCUUUGGCGCUGUCUAGCUAUAAAGAACAUUAAGUUUAUCUCUCAGUGUGAGCCAACUGGUUGUGUUCAAAGCUCUUUCAGGCCCCGUAAAAAUGGCCUCAAAUUUGACUCCUCUUUUACUGGUUUAAUGACUGUGCUUUACACCAACCUCAAGUAGGAACCUGGGUCUCGUGUGGAGUUAGUAUGCUUUUAAAUUGUAUGUGCAACUGAGUUUUGUGCCUCGUGCCCUGUGAUGGACCAGUGACCUGUCAGCCCCAGAUAGAGAGUGAAAAAACUGCUGUGGUCCAUGUUAGUUUGUCAGUUUAAAUGUGUAAACACACAACAGAAUUGUUCCUUACAACACUCAUGACAUGUGGGCGUGUCCUCAUGUGCGCAGGAUUGCGCUAAGGUCCAUAAAAUUACUAGCACUCAUGUGUGCUGCCUUCAUUCGUCAGCCAAUCGACGUGACAAGAGAUGACGUCCCCUAAAAUACAAGUGGACUACAGAUGAACUUGAUCCUUGACGGUGGAGAUUGUGUGUUGUGACACUCCUGACACAGUUCAAAAGCAGACUGAAGUCAACUCUAAGCAUGUGUUUAAUGAGUGUUCGGUCCAGUAGCGAAGAAGAAACAGGAGACAUGGUCAGUGGAGCAGCAUGAAUGCACCGGUUAGUUCUCAAGUUCCCAAGUUCCUUAUUGGAUAACAGAUACUGGAGAGCCAAGGACAAAGCCUCAAUGACAUUUUUCUUCGCAAAAUAAAGCAGCUGUAAAUGGGAACCAGGAACUUAACCCCUGCCGUCUGUUUACAAAUCCUCCACUGACCGUUGGAAUGUUUACACCUCUGUCUGGGCUGUGUCUGAAGCUUUAACGGAACAUUUCCCUCUGUCAAGUGCGUUAAACGUCUAAGACUAAUUCCUGAAUUCAACAGCACAAACUUAUUUAGCAUCUCUUGGUCAUUACAAAAUAGUUGCACCCUCUGUCAUUCCCAAAUGAGUUGUAUUUCGGUGCUAUCGAUGUAGCCAUUUAUUUAUUUUUUAAAUUUAUUUCCUCUUUUUGCUGUGAUUGUGAAACAAAAAAAAAACACUAAAGGGCAAGGAUUGCUUCUCCUUCUGUAACUUCUUUUCUGUGAGUUUUUUCAGCGUCCUAAUAAAUGCAGAAUUAGACUAUGAAAUAUGAAGUUAUUAUCAGUUAUGUUGAGUAGAUGUCUGAAGAAACAAACCGUGUGUACGACUCUUUGUUCAUGGCAUGCCAGUUGCAUUUGUGAGAGAAGACUAUUUUCGAUGAAUACGCAUGCCUGGCCUUGACAACCCGCGGAGCUUUGUUUUUUCGCUGUUUGUAUACUUAAUGUGCAAUAAAAGACAGUGUGAAAUGUGUUGAUGAGGAGUGCGGUUGUGAUGGUGUGAUCGGUGAAGCCUGGAAGAUGAGGCUCUCGAAAGUUUUCCUGAUGACCAACUCAGAGUCGGUAAACUUUGGAUUGCAGCGCAAGCUAUUUUUGCAAUUUUUAUUCA